CGCUUGGCUCCCAACCGAGUCUGGCGUACAGGUCAGAUCGGACCCUCCGGAGGUGAGAAGGGGCCUCACUUAGGCUGGCUGGCCGGACAGCCGACUCCCGGUCCCGGGUGCCUGCUUCUGACCGAGGAGGGGCUGGAGCUCCAGCAGAAAAGACCCCUCGUCUUCCUGGCAGCCCCUGAGAAACUCAGAGAGGCCACCAUGGCAAGACCCCUUCUUCCACCCCGGCUGAUCCUACUGCUGUCCUUAGCCCUGGGUUCCACUGCACAGGAAGGCCAGGGGGACAAGAGCGGGGAGAAGAUUAUUGAUGGAGUCCCAUGUCCCGGAGGCUCCCGCCCUUGGCAGGUGGCUCUGCUCAAGGGCAAUCAGCUGCACUGUGGAGGUGUGCUGGUCAACCAGCAGUGGGUGCUCACCGCUGCCCACUGCAUGAUGAAUGAUUACAACGUCCACCUGGGCAGUGACCGCCUGGAUGACAGGAAAGGCCAGAAGAUCAGGGCCACGAGGUCAUUCCGCCACCCCGGCUACUCCACACAGACCCAUGUUAAUGACCUCAUGCUGGUGAAGCUCAGUCGCCCGGCCAGGCUGUCAGCCGGUGUGAAGAAAGUCAACCUGCCUUCCCGCUGUGAACCCCCUGGGACCACAUGUACCGUUUCUGGCUGGGGUACCACCAGCAGCCCUGAUGUGACCUUCCCAGCAGACCUCAUGUGCACAGACGUCAAGCUCAUCUCCUCCCAGGACUGCAAGAAGGUUUACAAGGACCUUCUGGGAAGUUCCAUGCUCUGUGCCGGCAUCCCCAACUCCAAGACCAACGCCUGCAACGGUGAUUCCGGGGGACCACUGGUAUGCAAAGGUACCUUACAAGGCCUCGUGUCCUGGGGAACUUUCCCUUGCGGCCAACCCAACGACCCAGGUGUCUAUACCCAAGUCUGCAAGUACAUCGAUUGGAUAAACGACACCAUGAGAAAGCAUCGCUAAUCUCUCCAUACUCCCCUCUCUGCAUCCCUACGCCCUGAACAGGAAAUUCACAGAAAUAAGGACAUCGACCUACAGUCAUACUUGACUUUACCUUUCCUCAAAGACAUUUCAGAACCUCAGCAAUAUGCCAUGUGUGUAAGUCGAUCAAGUCUCAAAGCAAAACAAGAAACACAAAAACCUCGGUGCUGGUAAAGAUGCAGUGAGACGGGCACUCUCGGCCUCCUGACCUGUAAAUUUAUACAAUUUUUAUGGAAGGUGAUUGGGCAAUGUGAAU